UAUAUUGAAAAAAUAAUAACUAUCUGACUAUAUUCUUCAACGUAUUUCGUUCUAAUCAAAAUUUAUUAAGAGAGGAAGUUCAAUGUUAGCGAGAUUAUAUUUAUCUAUUUCGAUAGAAGAAAAAAAUAAGCAAUUUGAGUCGCUCUUCAAACAAUUCCUUGCGUUUUCUCCAUCUUACUUCAAUACAUGUCAAAAAUUCAUCCAGCAUAUCAUCAUAGAAAGCUACGAAGCAAAACUCUUGUUUACAACAACGAAGAUGAACGCAAAGAUAACAAUAAUAAUCGUCUUCCUCCUCCUCCACCAGCUCGAUUAAUAUUAAGUAGGCCACGGGCUAAUUGCCCGUCUAUUUUUACAGUAUGGAAGAAAUCCAGUAUGAGUUUCCAAGGAACAGAUGGAUUUACGGUGUUUGAUAAGCAAGGCAGAUUAGUUUUUCGGGUAGACAAUUACACCCGAAGGAAGAAUCGAUCCAUUGCUAGCCGGGGCAGCAGAUCUGGUGGACUUAUACUCAUGGAUGCACAUGGUAAACCUCUCUUAACAUUGAGACCACAGAUGAGCGUGCAAUUGCAAUAUGAAUGGAAUGGAUAUAGAGGAGAGGAAGAUGAUGAUCAAUCCACUGAGCUAAACAAUUCUACUCCUUUGUUCGUAAUGAGAAGACCUCCACUAUCUUUGUUUACUAUGAUGGGAACAAGUACCACUUCAUCAUGCAAGGCUCAAGUCUUUGUUGCCAGAGAGAAUAAUGUCAUGGACAUGAAGAGUAGGAGGAGGCCGAAUUACAGGGUGGAGGGUUCUUUUCGUAGGCGAAAUUGCAACAUCAUCGACUCUGAUGGUCAUAUGGUAGCAAAUAUAUCGCGAAAAGUAGCUAACACUACAACCCGCGCUCGCAGUACCAUUUUGAUUAGCGACGACGUUUUUAGCUUGGUGGUACAACCAGGCUUUGAACCUCACAUUUUUAUGGCUUUUAUUAUUAUCUUGGAUCGCAUGUAUCCUAACUCAUACGCUCCCAUUAUUUGUUCUUAAUGUAAUUGAUUUGCAUCUCUAAAAUAUCAAGGGGUUUUAAAGAAAAAAAGAAAUUCUACCGGUUUA